AUGCAUGGGAUUUGUUAUGUUGAGACCAUGAAUCUAGAUGGUGAAACAAACUUCAAGUUAAAGCAAUCAAUUGAGGAUAUAAAAAGCAACCUUUGCAAUUACAUCGAUACAGGAGAAAGAACAUCUAGAGCGAAAGAGAGCGCCGCCGACGUGGAAGAGUUAUUUAGACAUCACAUUCUUUUUGGUAAUGUAAUCUCGUGUGGUUUAUUUUUGUCGCCCAUGACGACAUACAUACAAAUCAUCCAGAGCAAGGAUGUGAAGAAGUUUUCACCGAUUCCCUACCUCGCCACAUUACUCAAUUGUUUGCUUUGGUUUUUCUAUGGGCUCCCCAUCGUACACCCCAAUAGUCUUCUAGUCAUCACUAUCAAUGGCAUUGGUAUAGCUUUUGAAGUACUCUACAUAACCGUUUUUUUAAUCUAUUCUUCUCGUCAAGGCCGUUUGAAGGUCAUCAAACUAUUAGCACUUGAGACGUUGUUCAUGAUAGUUGUAGUAACUUCAGUGCUCUUGUUGAUCGACACAACCACUAAGAGAUCUUUAAUUGUGGGUAUCCUCUGUAUUAUUUUUGGAACUUGCAUGUAUGCCUCUCCUCUUGUUGUGAUGAAACUUGUGAUUCAAACAAAGAGCGUGGAGUUCAUGCCCUUCACACUUUCUCUUGCUAGCUUUCUUAAUGGAGUUUGUUGGACUAGCUAUGGCUUCUUACCUUUCGAUAUCAAUCUCCUCGUUCCAAAUGGUUUGGGGACUCUUUUUGGCAUUGCUCAACUACUUCUCUAUGCUUGUUAUUUCAAGGCCACACCGAAUAAGAUUGCUCAUGCUGAGUUGGAGCUAUCAGUCUAG